AUGAGAUACUUCCCUAUAAUUACUCUGAUAAGCAAGACAAUCUCUUGCUUAGCACAAGAACAAGGCAAAGUUAAUGUAGUUACAAUGGACUGUAUACAGAACUUAUCAGACCCAUCAUCAGUCUGUGAGAGAGUAGGUAUGCAACCAUUUAUGCUCAGGGCACAGGACAUGAACCUUGUACUGGCAUCCAUGCGAUCAGCAGGUGUAACAAAAGCACACGUAGCCGGAUGGAAUGGUGAGAAGAUCAACAUGGUGAUAGGCACAAGUGCAGGGGAUGUAACCCCAAUGGAUUACAGUAACAAGACAAACAGUGUCUUAUGCAUAUCCACAGGCACAUCAUGCCCACCCACACCAGCACCAGCACCAGCACCCACUCCAGCACCUGUCUGUCCUGCACCUGCACCCACUCCAGCACCUGUCUGUCCUGCACCUGCCCCUGUGUGUCCUGCACCUACCCCUGUGCCAUCACCAUCUGAGUGCUGUAAAUCACCAAAUGUUGAGAUUAAGGAUAACCGUGGUUGUGCAAUUGCAUGCUGUAAACCAUCCAAGUGUGAAGUGAAGAAGCGAGUGUCCCCAUGCGACUCUCCCUGCGUUAAGAAUUAUCCACAUAAGAAAGUGUUCAUUAUUGAUGAGCUAACCCUGUUCUGUGGUCCAUUUAUAAGGGUAAUUGAGACCAAGUGCAAGCCAUUCAGUCGUGAUACUAUAUGGACAUUCUCUAAGAUGUUCCCAAUUAGUUCCAGCUUAUUCGGUAUACCAACUAUACUUAAACAGCCUGUCGUGUUACAUAAGGCACUUACUGAGGCCCGUAGUAAAUUCAGUGUGUGCGGGUGUGUGUGUCUAUUCAUUGACCACUUCAAUAACAUAUACGUAUCUGUGGGUGAGGAGUACUACUUAGUCACUCCCACUACGCCGUGCAGUCCCUUCCCAUGGGGACCAAUGCCACGGCGGCCAUUCCCUGGGUAUCCCAUGUUCCCAGUGAUGCCAUGUGGUCCAAUUGGGUGUCCACCCAUGCCACAGUACCGGGACUGUUCACCGUGUGCUCUUCCUGUACGUGCUGGUCAGGAGAACUCUUGUGAGAAACCUUCUAUGUUUACGUUCUGCAAGGUAUCGUGUGAGUAUAUGUUCCAAGUGAGAAGGAGAGGGUUAUAUGCUGUUCUUUUCUCUAGAAACCUUGGUCUAUACUAGAUCAGCACAUUUGUAAUAAAGUGAA